AUGGAGGCAGGUCCCAGUUCAGUGACGGAACCAACCCCAGAUAUGUAUCAGUAUGUUAACAGUAUAGCCAUAUGGCAACCUGAUAAAGAAGCUAAAGCAUGUUUACAUUGUGGUACGAAGUUUGAUUUUAUAAUACGGAGGCAUCAUUGUAGAUGUUGCGGUGGAAUAUUCUGUGGAAGUUGUUCCAAUCGUUUUGUUAAAUAUAACACCUCCAGAGUGAAAGUAGUUAGAAGAAAUGGGGAUGUUCACACUGAUUCUAGUGAUACACGUAUGGAUGAGACGACAUCAAAGGUGGUUUCUUACAGAACUUGCAUCUCCUGUUAUACUUCAUUAAAGAACUCCAAUUUAAUAAUACAACCUUCAAGGCAAAAGAAUGACGGUAAUCCAGAAACUGUUCAUUCGGUAAUUCAAAGUGGCGUUGUUGGAGAUAAUGAAACAUCGAGGAGUGAUCAGAUCAUAACUAUACCUGGUAAUGUGAAAAAUAAUAAUAUUACAGAACAUUCUCAUCAAAUAGAUUCUAAUACUGAAAGUUCUUCGAGGACUAAUAAUGAUAUAGAACAAGAAGAAAACUCACAUUGUCCUAUUUGUAAUUUUGAUUUAACAACGCUCGCUAAUGAGGAAGAACAAGGAGAUCAUAUUCAAUCAUGUAUUGAACAAGCAGAAAAUAUUCAACAACAUAAAAUUAAUCAACAAAACGGUAUGGCAUCACCAGAUGGGAAUGAUCAUAAUCCAUCCAUUAAAAAUAGAAUGCUUGUAUAUAAGAUUCCUAAGGAUCCUGUUAGAGAAGAGAAAAAUGAAGAGUAUCCAGAAUGUCCAAUAUGUUUCGAAGAAAUGUUACCGGGACAAAAAGUUGGAAGAUUAGAAUGUCUAUGUGUAUUCCAUUAUAAGUGUAUCAAGAGUUGGUUUACUAAGAAGACUCACAAGAUGCAAGAAUUGCACAACUUGAAUAAUGUUAGCAAUAAUAAUGAUAACUCAUAUCUGGGUAAGAAUUUUUGUCCCUUCCAUGACGCAGUAUGUUAG